GGAUAACAAUUCGGCACUGCGUGCCUCAUCCUCGGGUAAUAUAAUAGAUAACAAUUCGGCACUAUGUGCCUCAUCAUCAGAUGCUUUGGUGUAUUACCAGAUAUGUAUGUUAACGGUUCAGCACUACGUGCCUCAUCCUCGAUCGAUAUUUGAGUGCAACAUACAAAACCAGGAUACGAAUACUACUUCAACACUACGUGCCUCAAACCUGGCCCUCAUCGAGGAAUUAACCAGAAAGCUAGGCACUACGUGCCCAGUUCGGGCAUAG